ACUCUCACUUCCUCAGGUAGGUGUGGAUAACCUUGACAAAUCCGCGCCCUAUUUUCUCCCCACCCUCCUAUAUGGAGAUGCUUUAAAGUGUCCUACAACAAGUGAGUGUGAGUGGCAGCUGAUCAUUUGCGUUUUUUCUUAAUGAGCAGCAGCGCUCUGUGCGUCACGGUGCGUCCCGGACUCUCCUCCCUGCAUGUCAAUCGCGGCCAGAGGAGCAUGUGAUCCCCCGUCCUCCAGUGUCCUGAGAGCGCUCAGUCUGUGCCACACCGACUCUGAAGUGCUGCCCGACGGAUGUACUCAUGCCUCUCUAUAAAUUGUCUCUAUGAUACAUCCUGGAUAUUGUUGAUCGCUGCUAAAGGAGGAAAGAAAUAUUUAUUUUAAACGUUACUCCACUCUGCAUCUCUUUCCAAAGGAACAACCAGCGUGGCCUGAGGCCCAGACCUGAAACCCCUCUUCAACAUCUCCCUAAAAACUACCUCCACCCACUUCUCCUCCACUUUGUAUCACUUCCUCCUGCUCCCUCCAGUCUCCUUCUCUCUCUACCUAUUCUCUCUCUCUCAACCCCCGCCCCCCUCCCCGACCCUGAUGCCUAAGAACAGCAAGGUGACGCAGCGUGAGCAGAGCAAUGAGCACGUCACAGAAUCAGUGGCUGACCUGCUCGCACACGAGGAGCCGGUCGACUACAAGAACAGCUCCCUUAACGUCGGAGGGGCGGCUGGGAAGAAAGUCCCACAGAUAGAGGUCCCAGAGAACGAUGGGCGCCCCGCAUGGAACAGCAAACUGCAGUACAUCCUGGCCCAGGUGGGCUUCUCUGUGGGCCUGGGGAACGUUUGGCGCUUCCCUUACCUGUGCCAGAAGAAUGGAGGAGGCGCGUAUCUAGUUCCCUACUUCAUCCUCCUCAUCAUCAUCGGCAUCCCACUCUUCUUCUUGGAGCUUGCUGUGGGCCAGAAGAUCAGACGUGGGAGCAUCGGGGUCUGGAACUAUGUCUGUCCGAGUCUGGGCGGGAUCGGGAUGUCCAGUCUGAUGGUGUGUGGCUUUGUGGGCCUCUACUAUAACGUCAUCAUCGGCUGGAGCAUCUUCUAUUUCUUCCAGUCCUUCCAGUAUCCUCUUCCAUGGAGUGAAUGUCCAAUCAGAAGGAACGGGACACUGGCCAUUGUGGAGCCAGAAUGUGAGAAAAGCUCGGCUACGACCUAUUUCUGGUACCGUCAGACUUUGAAUACCACCAGCACCAUUGCAGAGAGUGGCGGCCUCAACAUCAAAAUGACCCUGUCUCUGCUGGUGGCCUGGAUCAUCGUGUGCCUUGCCGUCAUCAGAGGGAUCGCUUCCUCUGGGAAGGUGAUGUACUUCAGCUCUCUGUUCCCUUAUGUGGUUCUGUUUUGCUUCCUGGUCCGGGGUUUGAUGCUAAAGGGAUCAGUGGAUGGUAUCGCUCACAUGUUCACUCCCAAGUUAGAGAAGAUGCUGGAGCCUCAGGUGUGGAGGGAGGCAGCCACCCAGGUGUUCUUCGCCCUGGGUUUGGGGUUCGGAGGGGUCAUAGCCUUCUCCAGUUACAACAAGAUCGAUAACAACUGUCACUUUGAUGCAGUACUCGUCUCCUUCAUCAACUUCCUCACAUCUAUUCUGGCCACGCUGGUGGUGUUUGCUGUGCUGGGCUUCAAGGCGAACCUCAUGAAUGAAAAGUGUGUUGUUGAAAAUGCAGAGAAGAUCCUGGGAUACCUCAACACUAAUGUCUUGAGUCACGAUCUCAUCCCUCCGCACGUAAACUUCUCCCAUCUCAGCACUUCAGACUACGCUGAGAUGUACGGGGUCAUCAAGACGGUGAAAGAGGACAACUUUGCCCAGCUGGGUUUGGAGCCUUGUCUUCUGGAGGAUGAGCUCAACAAGGCUGUCCAGGGAACAGGCCUGGCCUUCAUCGCCUUCACAGAAGCCAUGACUCAUUUCCCAGCGUCUCCUUUCUGGUCGGUCAUGUUCUUCUUCAUGCUCAUCAACCUCGGUCUGGGCAGCAUGAUUGGCACUAUGACGGGCAUUACAACACCUGUACUCGACACGUACAAGGUUCAGAAGGAGCUUUUCACAGUGUGUUGCUGUAUUGUGGCCUUCUUCUGCGGUCUGUUGUUCGUCCAACGCUCAGGGAACUACUUUGUCACCAUGUUUGAUGACUACUCUGCCGGGCUGCCUCUCACUGUGGUGGUCAUUCUGGAAAAUAUAUCUGUGGCUUGGAUUUAUGGAACGAAAAGGUUCAUGCAGGAUCUGGAGGACAUGUUGGGUUUCAGACCCAGUAUGAUUUAUUUCUACCUGUGGAAGUACGUCUCCCCUCUGUUUCUCAUCGUGCUCAUCUCAGCCACCGUCAUAGAGAUGGCCAUCAGCCCACCAGGAUAUAAUGCCUGGGUCGAAGAGCUAGCCCAGGAACGCUUCCAAAGUUACCCUCCUUGGGCAUUAGCCAUGUGCUUCGCUCUCAUAGUAGUGGCUAUGCUCCCUCUACCCAUCGUCUUCAUCGUCCGCCGCUUUAACCUAAUUUCAGAUGGUUCCAACAAGCUGUCUGUUUCCUACCGUAAAAGCAUGAUGAAGGACAUUUCUAACCUAGAGGAGCAGGACGAGUCCAGAUUCAUCCUUGGCGCUAAGCCAGGUGAGGCGCCAUUAUCAGGGGCGGCACGUAAAUCCUACUUGACCCCAGGAGAUAACAAACCCCAACUGGACCCAAACUCCCUGUCUCCAAACAGCUGCUAUGGGACAGGCUACCAGAAUGCCGCCAUCAGCCCGACAACACCGACCACACCGACCACACCUGUCACACCCGAGUCUGACUCUUGACUGCUGUCCAGACCCUCCUCUGACAUCCAGUUCUGUAGCACAGUUUACCUUUUAGCCAUAAUGUCUCCACCAGGGGUUACUGCAGCGCGGAGAACCCCUCCACUGCCCUACAAUCACCACAAGACUGUAUGUAUUCACUCGCUAGAUCACUUGCUUUCAUAGUUAGCGCCAUUAACCACACGCAGCAGGAGAAAAGAGUUCACAAACAUUGAAAUCAGGAUGUGAUUCUCAUUGACACACUGUACAUCUGUAUUUAUUCUGUAUUUACCAACACAGGGUUUAUGUGCUUAAGAUGAUGUAUGAUGAUCUGCUAUCUUUGCCUUAGUUGAAGGAUCCUAGGCAGACAAACCCCAUGGUUUAAUGCACACCCCUGUUUGCACAGAGCAGGGGAUCUGAAAGAAUGAAUGUAGCUGGAGUGGUCUUACUGCUUGAACUGGUUUCACUCAGUAUACUGGCACAGAAAGCAAAGAUGAAUGUUUUAAUUCAUGUUUUAAUGGUUUAAAGUGUGCUGCCCUCCAAUGUUUUACUGUAUGUCAAGGCCAUGUAGUCUUACAAAAAAAAGCUAGUUUAUAUUAUGCAGCAGGUAAACCCUUAUUCUGAUGCAAGUAGAUUUGUUUUUCACAGGGCUGUCUAUUUUAAACCAUGCUUAAGGCUGCUUUAAAGACUUCAUUCAUGUCUAUUCCCAUUCAGCAUGUUGCCAGUAUUGUUCUUGUUUAGUUACCAGCAGUGUAGAGUUCAUUGAUAUUGAUAAAGGGUAUGAUUUUUGUCCAUUGCACACAUACAAUGAUGCAUCACUCAUUUCAGUUUCUCCACCAAAGAGUACAGUCAACAACCAAAUACUUGAAAUCGUCAUAUUUAUAACACUGGAAAUAUAUGCUGGACAGGGAGCUUGUUUUUAGAAAGCACAGCUUGUUCAUGUAAAUUUGAAAGAAAUGUCAGUUUGUGGCUACAAAAGCACAACAGAGAUUUAACACAAUUACUGUGCACAAGUGGGAACCUCACCCCUGACUAUGGACCAAUGUUUUUAUCAACUUUGAAGCACAAAAAUGGCUUCCGUAAAAUAUUCCCCACAAAAUAAGUAAGCAGUAUGUAUUCACGUUGGAGCACAAACUACACUGCACAUAUUUUAUUUUAACUUUGAAUUAAAAAAACAACAGGAAAUGAACAAUGAACCAAAAGAUUUGUGAAAGUUAAUGAACAAAAAAUGCAAAUGAUAGGUUUUAUUUAUUCACAAGAAAAAUAUAACUGUAUGCCACCCUCAUGGGAAAAUAUAUGCACAAGUUUACUCAGACACAUGCACACAGUCUCUUAGUAUUAGGGACAUUUUAAACCUCAUGAAGUUCAUUGAACAUUACAUCAUACAAUGGUUUCAUUGUGAUGAAGGUCUAUGAUAUCUGGUUGAGCUGAAGCUGAACAAGCAGACAGUCUGAACGAGCAGAGUUAAGAUGGACAUCUUCUUUGAGCUUGUAUUCAUUUUGCACACACUGAUAUAGAAGAGUUGCGCAAUACUGUCUAUGAGUUUGAUCUGAGCACAUUCAAGUUCCUGUUAUAUGGAAGAGAAUACCGUUAUUUAUUUUUUUAAUCACAGUAUUCAAAGCCAUGGUGUUAUGGAUAAAUGGACUAUAUUUAUAUUCCUGUAUAUUUGCAGUGUAUGUAGGUGUAAUGAACAACAAAGAUUUAUCUUUUAAAAGUGACCAGUAUAUAUAUUGUACAUUUUCAUGUUGUGUGAUACUCAUUUAAAUUGUAUGUUCUAGGAUUCUAUAGGCUAUAUUUUGUAGUUUUGUAGGCUGUAUUCUUGUUGUGGGAUGUGAAAAUGCUGCUGGGAGCUGAUGUGUGAUGUGAAGUCUUGUUUGAGCAGCAGCUGUGUUCUUCUGUCUGCACCUGGUGUUAGGAGGCUCCCACUCACCUAGCUCUACUUUAAGGUCACUGGUCUACUUGUUUUUAGCCCCACUAGCAACAACUCAAAAUGCUUAACCAUGAAUCCCCUGAAUUUGUCAAACUUGUCCAAAAAAAAAUUAGCCUGCCUCAGCCAUAUAGUGGCCUCUUAGACUACAUGCUAAGAUGCUAGAGGUUAUCAAUAUUAACUUAUUUAUGGUAAUAAAACUCAUCAACAGGUUUUGAAUUACAUUCUAA